GACAACAACACAGCUGUGCUCCAUUGACUCUAAUGCGAUCGUUUCAGAUUUCCUUCAUUUUCAGGCUGGUUUUGUGGAUUUGGAGCUAAAUGUUGUGCCUGGGGCACGUCGUGUAUUAAUGAUACUCGUUACCUGGAGAGGGAGCGACGGUGUUUCCCGACACGAGUCGAGUGGCUCCGAGGAGUGAGCGGAGCCCGACAUAUUCUGAACACCUUCCAAAUGUUGAGCCCGAGUCGUGAAGUGCUGCUCUUGAGGGGGGCGAGGUUGGAAGGGAGGGAGACGACGAGGGAGAAAACAGGCAUCGUCCGCACAGAUUUUCACCUCUGAGAGCAUCCCGACAUCUCCUCUGACUGCACCGCAGCUCCGACCGGCCCAGUCAAAGGCACAAAACAAUCAGCCAGAAUGGGGACAGUCAGCAUGAUCGCAUUCAGCUUUCUGCUCGCCACAGCUCUUUCCGCCCCUGUUAAAGUCAAUGAGGACUCCAAGACCUUGUUUCACGGGGAGGAUUUCCACAUCAUGCUGCCCUCACGCUCAGAGGUCACAUUUCGGAACAGGUCUGCUCCUCGGUCGGGUGACGUGUUCUUCAUGCGUGAUGGCAAAUUGGUCAGCAGUCGGGCCAGACUCAACAGCCAACUCAGCUACCUCAUCAUAGAAGCUGUUGGCGAGGGAGACGAGGGCGUGUACACCGUGAAGAGUCUAGAGAACCCAGACGACAUUAGACGCACUACACUGAUAGUCCGAGAUUGCUCCAACGAGCAGGUCAUCAAAUAUGGAGACAACUACCAUAUUCCACUGUUAGGGGUGACUCCUCCCAUCACCCUGGAGUACAGGCCCAGUGCCGUGGAGGCCAACCUGACAUCUAGACCUGCUCUGGUGCUGCUGACCAGCACAGAGAUGUCCAGGGACGGCUACCAGGGUCGAAUCAGCGUCAACGAUCGCUACGUCACCCUCAGCGCUGUCACGGGUGCAGACGAGGGUAGCUACACUGUCAGGGAUGCCCGAGGUGAUAUCCAAAGGAAAGUGUGUCUCAACGUCAGAGAGCACCAAAAUUUUGUGACCUUGCCACAUGGUAAAAGACUGAAGAUCAACCUGAUUCUCAACAGCUCCUUGGUCCGCCUCUACUACAGCCCCAACUCUAACCCCGUACCCCAUCUGCUGCUGGACAAGGGAGAAUUUACAAAUGCCCAAACGGAGCUGGGUUUUGAAGACCGUCUCACUCUAGAGGGUUCAUGGGUUUAUCUGGAUCAGGUCAAGAAUGCAGAUGAAGGCCAGUUCCAAAUUACUGACAUACUGGGGUUCAAUGUAUCCAACGUCCACCUGGAAUUACAACCCUACAGGCUGGAGUCACUGUAUGUGGCCAUCAUCGCCCUGUUGGGCCUGCUGGUUUUCCUUCUGCUGGUUUGUCUUCUGUCUUGCCUGUUCAAAGUGAAGAAGAGGGCCAAGAGGGCUGCUGCUCUGGAGAAGAUCGCCCAGAACGCUGGCAAAGAGGACGAGGGAGAGGCCUUCAGACAGGUGGUCCAGAACAUCACCAAACUCAGUGAGGAAUCCAAGCAUUCCCAGGCAGACAACACAGAGAAAUCUCAGAGCACUGAGGUGGAUAUUAAAGGUCUGGAGGUUUCCUCUAAAGAGGUUGGGAUCGGUAACCUAGAGACUAGUGACUCUGGUGUUGGCUUUAACACCGCCCUCCCACUGGACACUGACACUGAUGCCCCCGAUCAAAACCUUGACUCUGUGGCUGUAAGCAUCUCCGUUGCCUCUGAAACCAAACCAAGUCCACCGUCUGCUGCUGCUGCUGAAUCCAUGCCAAGCGCUCCACCAGCUGCGGAAAUGAAGUCCAGUCCAGUAGCUGAAACUAAAGCCUCCCCAGCACCCGAGACCAAGAAGACCCCUGAUCAGCCAGUGGAAGCAAAGCUGGACGUGCCCAAACCAGCAGAUGUUAAGCUCAGCCCAGCCUCGAGCCCUGAGCCCAAGACUGGUCUGAGUCCAGCUGAUCCAAAGACAACACCCAGCCCAAGCCCAGAGCCUAAAUCACCUGCACCUAAGGCCCCCACUCCAACACCUGAAAGCAAGAGUGCCCUGACUCCCACACCCGAGCCCCCCAAACCAACCACACCGGAACCUAUUACCAACGGUACACCCGAGCCAGGCCCGGAUUCCAAACCAAGCCCAGAUCACACUGAUAUUAUCGGAGGCUCCGCUCCAAAAGCAGCCCCCCCGAAAACCCCUGAAGUGGAGCUGAAAUCUAGCGGUGCUGCGCUGGAGGCCAGCAAAGACGGCACCGUGGCUGAGGAAUCAACUACCACCACCACCACCACCUGAGGACUGCCCCUGCAAAAAUCCAAGGGAAGCCCCACAGAUCUUCUCCAUCUACCACCACUGUAGACAAUCGAACACCCCCUACCAAAUAAUGAAGACACCACUGAAACUGGGAUGAGGACUUCGAUUUAACACGUCUAAUGCCUGAACACACUUUGAUAACGGUAUCUCACUUGUCUAAAACUAACACAUAACCUUUGAGACUUUCCGAUUCAGGAAAUCUUCACAUAACUAAUGCGGCUUGUUGGUUGUUAAACAUUUUUGUUGUAUUCACCUUGCAGCCUCGUUUUUUGGUAACUUCAUAGUAAGACUGUCAGACUGCAAAUGAAUUCCUUUGCAGAGUUUACAAAUAGUUCUCCACAUACGGACUUUUCUAACCUAAUGAGGUAGCCAGAAAGGUUUACAACAUUUCAGUAAAACAAUAAUAUUCUAGAAUCUCUAAUUUGGCCUUAACUAGCUUAGCAAUGCUUGUUCCUCUGUCCGCAUGUGGAUAAAACAGACAAAAUGCAUGACCUUUUUAGCCGGUGUCAUCGCAAACCUACAAAAAUGUGUGAUGACAUUCUUUGGAUUGGGCAUCAUCAAAACAAAAAUGAAAGCCCCCUUUUGUUUACACACUGUACAUAGCUGAAAUAUGGAUGUUAUACGCUUGUGCCGGUCCUCUGGCUUCAGAAACAUCUGCAAUACAUGAUCACAUAAAGAAAAAAAAAUACUUUAGCGUAUUUACCCACACAAGAAAACGUACUAACAAUACUAACCCAACUAUUUAUAGACUCUGAGAUUCAGGCUCUCGGUGGAUAUCUCAGAUGAUUAAAUGUGUUUUGCAGACUGAUCCCUCAAGUCCGGAUCAACCACUUUACUGCCUUUGAUCUGGAUUUCCCCGUGGCUCUAUAAAAAUCCCAUUAUUCCUACAGUUUAACAGCAAGCUCUUUCAAGCAUUAACUCCAGGCACUUAAUGGGACCACCAUGUUCCUGCUGUACGUUGGGCUGUCCAAAGGUGAAAUACUGAAUGAAAGUGUCUGGUGAGUUUGUGCUUGCUUGUUUCUUUCUUUCAUUAUCUGUUUUGUCAGUCAUUCCUUCAAUGAUCCUCCUUCUUUCCUUCAUCCUUUCCCUCUUUUUCUUUGCCGGGCAUCAGUUUUAACUAUUACGUACACAGCCUUUGACAGAGAUUAGAAUCAUGACUUAUUUAUUUUUUAUUCAAACUAGAUAUUUCCUCUGAAGUAUUUGGUUGUGUUGGCAAUGAGAGAGAGUAGUUCCUGUGUCUUUGACCCUCUGAAAUUUGGCAAAAGCUUAAACAUUUAUGCCUAGCAUCUUUAAUGGCUCCAAAAUACUCCUAUGAGGCCUUUAUCAAAGCCACGACAUCACCUAUGUGGAGGCUCCGUCAACACAGAUCAAUGUUAGUUGAAACUCCUGCAUGGUACAGAUGAGGUUAGCAGAUAAAUUUCAGUGUUACAACAUGUAUGUCUCUACCUCGUGUUUUAACUGACCACUGGAAAAUCAAUGACAGUCCAGGUUCGGUGCACUGAAAUCAACAAAAAGCAUUUUCGGAUUUUUGACAGAAGCACAAAAUGAUAGCCAUGAAGAUCCAAUGAAAUGAUCAGUGAGAUGUAGGAACAUUGUUAAGAGGCAGAUUCAUCUUCGACCAACUGGCCUUUCUCUGUAGCUUUCCUGACUAAUAGAAUUUUCUAACAAGUUGAUUAAUAUCAGGCGAAACGUCAGCAUUUUAAAAAGCCAUAUGAUAUGAAAAUAGGUUUAGAUGUCAGAUUUGUUACUAAAAUAAAUAAAUAUAAUAUAUAAAGUAAAAAAAAAAAAGAAAAAUCAAGGGGUCUCGAUGUUAAAUGGAUAAACAGUUUCAGAUGGUGUGUACACAUGGGCAAAGGCAUUCUAAUGUAAAACAUUUCAAACAUAUAUGCCUCAUUUCUAGCCUGGAAGGAACCAGAAACCUGUUUUGGGCAAUACUAAUAAUUGUCUUUAUAUACAUAUACACACACCCCAUACACACACACACACAAACACUAUGGAAACCCAUUUCCACCAGUCUGAUUGGAAAAAAAAGAUAUCCUGUAAUUCACUAUAAUGAGAAACAGAAAAAAUGACUUAGUUUCCCAAAACACUAAGAAAUGUUUGUUUUUUUUUUCAUUAUUUUGAGGACGCUUCUUAAUUUGAGAUACUAACAACAUUUAAAAUACAAAGUCCUUAUUUUAAGAUAAGUAAGGCAUUAUUUUGCAAAAUAUUUUUAAAUACUAAGUCAUAAUUUUGAGAUAUUUAGUCAUUUUGAGAUAGUAGGUCAUUAUUUUUCAGAUAUCAAGUUAUUAUUUUUGAGAUACUAUAUUAAUAUUGUGAGAUGUAAGUAAAUGUUUUUGUGAAAUCUCUUACUAAUCUGAGAUACCAUGUCAUUAUUUUGACAAAGUUUCCCAAAAUGUUGAGAUAUUAAGUCACCAUUUUGAGAUACGAAGUCUUUAUUUUGAGAAAGCUUCCAUUAUUUUGAUAUUCUAACACAUUUUUUUGAGAUAUUAAGUCAUUUUUAAAAAAAGGCUUCUCGUUAUUUUGAGAUGAAUCAUUAUUCUGAGAAAGUUUCCCCUUAUUUUGAGAUAUUAAGUCUUUUUUUUAAUUUUUUUAGAAAGCUUGUAUUAUAAUGACAUACAGGAUCUUUUUUCUUUUCGUCACAUUGGCAGAAAUGGGCUUCCAUACAAGCCAGACAUACACUUUCCAGCCUUGUAAAUAUUGCAUGUGUACGCCGUUUUAACCCCAUAAAGGCUGAAUGUUUUUAGUGUAUAGAACGGUUGUUGUAUUAUACUUAAAAAUAAAGAAGAAAACUAAUUUAAAUUUCUCACCAACCUUAAAUCCAGAAUUUAAAAUAUAUACACAUACACUACUAUAUACUAUAUACACUAAUAUUCACUAACGUCUUGAACUAAUUUAAGAACCAAAUAUUGUAAAAAUCCAUCAAGACUAUAUUAGAUCUUUUUAGAUCAAUUAUCUGCUGUUACUGUCAUUUCAACCUGACGGCACUCACAGCAAACAGCAUCUCUCACAGUAUUUACAUGUUGUAUUAAAAUGUUUAACCUACGUCACUUAAGAGCAUCGACUGCAGCAUGCCCACGACAUGAAAAACAGGCUUUUAUUGUCCUAAAGUUGUGUCUGUGUGUGUGUGUGUGUGUGUGUGUGACCAGAGGAGUGAUGUUUUAAAUGUUGCCAUCAUGGGGUGUUUGGGGUUUCUGUGUUUAAGUGUGUAUGCCUAUGACGAGCAUUAUGUGUCAGUGUGAAUGAUUUAUGAGUGUUUGUGCGUGCUGAAUCUAUGCAUAGGCAGUUUGUACAGAAUGACACAACUGUACUUUAUGUGCUUUUCCCGUCUGAGUAAGGUAUUCAUGUGCCUGCUUAAAUCGUCUUGCAAUGUGAAGAAAACAAGUGCUGUGUUUAAGUCAUGAGUGUGAAUGUGUUUGAAGCCACAACAUAUUGUAAAAGAUAUUGUAACUUUGAGAUAUUUGAGUGACUCUUGUCUUUGUUUAGUGCCUAAAACGUAUACUGGAUAGUUGGCCUGUAUUCUGUCAUUUGCCGACACUCCUAAUGGCACCUUUUUCUUAAUAGGUAUGGUAUUCUAGAAAGCUGUUUGCACACCUGACUGAGCAAAGUGGUACCGCUGACUGGCCUAUGAUAUGCUAAUGUGUAGGAGAUACGUGACUUACUGUGUGAUUAUUAUGAAAGUGAUGAUGAAAGUCAGGUUUCCAGAUGAUUCUGAGUAGCAUUAAGAGUGCUGAGCGUGCUCUACUUGUAAGCGAGGAUGUUUCCAUUUCAUUAAUCAAGUCUGUGGCACAGAUAGAGGUAUGUGAGUUAAUUAAUGAUAGCAGCAGAUGAAUGACAAAGCAUUGUGUGGGUAACCCACAGAGUUAUGUUUUGGUAAGCAACUGAUGAGAGACUGCAGACAGCAUUUCCGUGCACCACCGCUUCUGAAUACUGUCAGUGAUUGUGAGCCACUCCAGCCAGAGUGAGUAAGGAUGUGAGAGAGGCAGAUAGCCUUUGGUUUACACGUUACCAGCAUCUCAAAGAAGGCUCAGUCUAGUGGGAUUGGAGUUAUUACAUCGAACUGGUGCCAGAGGGAUUCUGGUGUCAUACCCACUUCUGAUAACCUACUAAUAGAAGAAACCACUACUUUUAAUACCACUGGCACUUCUUGCACAAUAUGUGAGUUGUCUCUGCCCUGAUCCUCUCUGUUUACUUCUGCUGUUCUGGCCUGGGUGUGGUGUGACAUCCCACAUGUUCUCUCUGUACUCCCUUUUUGCACAACACUUCACACAGAUGUUUUGUAAAGAAAAUAGUUUUUUCUUUAUUUCAUGUCUAAAGGAAUACUAAGAAUAAA